AAGAUCAAACAAAUAAUCUCCCUGGUUCUUCUUGUUCCCUUCUCCCUUUUGGUUUUUGUCUUUUUAAUAAUAAAAACUCAUUUUGGGUUAUUUUUAAUUUCCUCUUUAAUUUAAGUGCUUCUUGAAAUGGGUGAGACAACAAAAGGAGAUGCUACAAAACCACCACCGAAUCAAAUCUCCUCACCUAAAGAUUCUUCACUCGAUCACCAAGCACCAAACCCAUCACUCCUCCAUCAUCACCAUCAUCACCACCAAUCUUUCCUCCCUACUCCGAUCUUCAUACCCACCGUAUCUUCUCCCGGAGCUCCGGUCAUCCCCAAAAGACCACGUUUCAGCACUUCCAGUGGUCUCUCUCCUCCUCAAUGGAAAGCCUUGCCGUCUCCUUCCACCGUCCCAACGGCUUCCACAAUCUCUUCAUCACCGACACCUUCCACCGCCGUGGUAACAGCUUCUUCCACCGAAACCGCCGGAUCUUCACCACCGGGUCAAGAAGCGACCAACAGUGAAAAACAACAACAACCAAAGACGGAGUCGUUUCAACAUAAAUUCAGAAAGGGCAAGUACGUUAGCCCAGUGUGGAAACCAAACGAGAUGCUAUGGCUAGCAAGAGCCUGGAGAGCCCAGUACCAAACCCAAGGAACCGGGUCCGGAUCCGGGUCGGUCGAAGGAAGAGGCAAAACCCGUGCUGAAAAAGACAGGGAAGUAGCUGAGUAUCUAAACCGACACGGUAUAAACCGGGACUCUAAAAUCGCCGGUACGAAAUGGGACAACAUGCUUGGUGAGUUUAGGAAAGUGUAUGAAUGGGAAAAAUGUGGAGAUCAGGACAAAUACGGUAAGAGUUACUUCAGGCUCUCUCCUUACGAGAGAAAGCAACAUCGACUUCCCGCGUCUUUUGACGAAGAAGUCUAUCAAGAACUAGCUCUUUUCAUGGGUCCACGUGUCAGAGCUCCGACUAUUAACCGUGGUGGCGGUGGCGGAGCUACGGUAACUGUUGCCUCAACGCCUCCGUCUGUUGAGGCGCUUCCUCCUCCUCUUUAUCCAGCAUUGAUGACUUCAAGAGACGAAUAUGAUAUUGAAAACAACCCUAUCCCUUCCAUUGGAAGAGGGAAGCGUUUGGCAUUAUCACUAGUUGGAGAUGAUCACCAUCCUCAAUAUCCGUAUGCACACAACAUUGCUAGAGGAUCAGGUUUAUUCUCUAAUAAAUCAUUAUACAAUCCCUUUUUUGAGAUGAUUCCUUCUUCUUCUUCUUCGUCUUCCUCGCUGAGAGAUCUUCGCCGUAUUGGAAAAAUACGGCUAACUUGGGAGGAAUCGGUUAACUUGUGGGCUGAAGGAGAGGUUGAUUAUGGGAGAAUUAGGGUUAGUGGGUCGAGUUUCUUGAAUGCGGAUGAGCUCACAUACUUGGAUGAUUCCAUGGUGGCUUGUACAAUGGAAUCCUUCCAAGAUGGACCUCUCAAGGGAUUUUCUUUGGAUAAAUUUAUUUCUGGUCAACAUCUUAAAGUCUUUGGGAGACAAAGGUCAACUUCAUCAUCUGCUCCCUCACCUUCAGUAAAUGUGGCUGGUGUGUUUGAUCGACCUCAGCUUCAACUUUCAGAACCCAUUUAUAAAUCAAUAUCAACAUUGGAGUUCCAAGACCCAUCGGAGCAUUGCUUAAGUAAAUUGCGAGUGCCAGCCGGAAAUCUUCCCAGUUUAUUUGAGCUCGCACGGUAUCUUCAAGAACCACCGCCGGAAAAUCUCCGGUUUCCUCUCCGGCCAGACGUCUACAAAGACUUGCCGCAAGGAAAAGAGCUCUUCUUCUCCAUCUCCUCCACUGAGCUACUAGAUUGUAGAGCAAUCACAUACGACAUCAUUGGCCCCAUAAUGUCCCGCUUAAACUCUAAUAAUGGCUUCGUUAUCUCGAGUAAAGACUCGCUGAUCCCGCUUUGGGACGACUGCAUUAACCGGAUGGUUUCAAAGUUUUGUGAAAUGGCGAUUUUGCGUAAACCGGAUUCGUCUUCUUGCAUAGAAAAUGUACAACAUCAGUGGCCAAACGUAAUCGGAUAUGUUAAAGGAUUUGGCUUAUGGAGAGGAGAAGAAGCUGACAAGGUACGAGAAGGUGCUGCUGAUCCUUCUUCUCUAUUGGCCGAGAAGAUUCUUUGGUCGUACAACGAUCUUCCAUAUAUUCUUGGAUAUCACGCAAUAGGGUUCACCGUAACAUUCUGCGCUUUGAGUCUAUCAUCACAAGAUCGAGUGAUCUGCACCGAUCUUUAUUCAUUCAACGUCUCGUCACCGUCGGAUAGAAUCAAGGCCUUGGUUCCUUGUUACCGUCUCGCUUCCCUUUUACCUUUGCUUGCAGAUCGGUGCACUACGAGGCCUUCAUGCUACAAUGACUUCGAGAGAAUAGAUCGUGGAGAUUAUGUGACCGAGUUAACGCCUCAUACGGUGACAAGGUAUUACUCAAGCAAAAGAAAAUGGCUGGGUGUUAAAGGAAUCUACGAUUUUCUCGACCAAAGAGUUCCACACGCGGAGCAUUUGGAUAUGGCAAGCGAGAAGGAUCUCUCGUUGAGUUUUAAGCCACGUGGAAUCAGAGUCAAACCUCGAAACAUUGACCAGCUCAUCGACUCGCUGAUGUGUGUGACUAAAGCGCUCCUUGCACUUCACGACCUUUCUUUCAUGCAUCGUGACAUGGGAUGGGAUAAUGUAAUGAGAAGCACGGCGACGACCACAACAACAACUGACACGGAUUGGUUUGUUUGUGGGUUUGACGCUGCGGUCGAGGCCCCACAGCUUAACCCGCACCGCCCCGCGGACAAAGUGGUAGACAAUGAGGAGAGGGAGGAUGAACGUGGGAGAUACGCGCCGGAGAUGGAGAGAGGCUUGCAUGCGGUGAAAGUAGAUGUUUGGGGAGUGGGUUAUAUGAUAAAGACGUGUGGAUUGAGUAAUGUACCAAAGAUGUUGAGAGACCUUCAGGGGAAGUGUUUGGAACCAAACCAAGAGAACCGACCGACUGCAGCUGAUUGCUUCCACCACCUUCUCCAGGUUCAAUCAGCCAGUACAUCGUCGUAUUAGUCUAGUGGUUUUAAAACCAUACUUUUAGUUUUGUCACAUGUGAAGGUGAUAUAGAGGGGUUUGACCGUCAGCCUACUAGUCAACUUUUGUCCGUUUUAAUAAUUUGGCAAAUUUAAUUUAGCUUAUGUAGCAACAUUUGUUUCGAAUAUUUAGAGAGUUAUAG